AUGCACAAAUCAAAAUUUGGACUAAAAAACGACUCAAAACCGGUGGUAGGGGCCGAAAACUUUUCCCUCAUAGCCGUUGAUAUCUGUCGUAGUGUUAACUGUAGAAACGGAGGAACAUGCAAUGCUGAUCUGAAUACUUGUGAAACAUCUUGUUCAUGCACAUCUUGUUACACUGGUGACCGAUGUCAGAAUCCUGUUGAUAUAUGUAGCGGAGUGAACUGUGAAAACGGUGGAACGUGUAACGCUGAUCUUAGCAGAUGCGAGACAUCUUGCAAUUGUAAGCCAUGCUUCGCAGGAGAUCGAUGCCAAGUCGCAUUAAAUCCUUGUGAGGUAAACGGUUGUCUAAACGGGGCGACCUGCGUGAAGAAUAUUGAGGACUGUUCGUAUUCGUGUCGUUGCAGAGAAUGCUACUUUGGUGAUUCCUGCGAGAGUGUUCGAGAUCCAUGUGCUAACCACGAUUGUCAGAAUGGUGCAACAUGUAUCCCAAAUAUCGAUACGUGUUCUUUCACCUGCCAAUGUCGGGACUGUUUUGAAGGAAACAAAUGCCAAACUGCUAAGGACAUAUGCGCUGGUGUUAACUGUGGUUUUACAGCUACAUGUGUAGCAGAUUUGGAUACAUGUUCAACCGAAUGUCAAUGUAGAGAAUGUUACACGGGAACGUCUUGCACAACACGCAUCAACCCAUGUGACGAAAACAGUUGUCUGAAUGGGGGUAUUUGUAUUCCUGACGUUGCUGACUGUACUAAGUUUGUGUGCCGAUGUUCCCAUUGUUUUUCCGGAGACCGAUGCGAAAUAAAUCGAUCUGGCACCUCAUGCACAACAAACCCUUGUAAAAAUGAUGGAGAAUGUGUCAUUGAUCCAACCUCUUGCCAAGCAGCAUGCAAUUGCCAACCUUGCUUUGAAGGCAGAUAUUGUCAAAAACACUCUGAUGAUCCAUGUGAUAAUAAUCCUUGUAAAAAUGGAGGAACAUGCAGAGAGAAAGAUGGUUCGCAAUGUCAGUAUACCUGUGAAUGUAAAUAUGGAUUUUCCGGUGAUAACUGUGAACAAUCUCAUCUUGGUUAUCAUUAGAAAGGAGAGCUCUGGCAACUCAAGAAAAGGUUUCUAAGCUUGGAAAUGCAUUCUAAUUCAAACUAUCGUUUUAUUGCUAUAAAUGAAUGGUCAUGAUUAAGAUACAUAGAUAGAGAUACAGAUAUCUGUUUUGCCAUGAAAAGACAAGAUACUAUUAUGAAAUUUUCCUUCCUUAUUGCUAAUUAGGAACCAGUAAAAAAAAAAGAUAAAUAAUAAUAAUAUUAAAUAACACGCAUAAAAAAUAGAUAAAAUCCACUUGCAACAUACAUUAUGUUAAUUUUCUCUUACAAUAUUCUGUAACUGAUGAAGGCAGUAAAGAAUUCCUAAAUCUCCCAGUUUAGGCAUUCUAAUUAGGCCUAUAUUCUAAACGUAUGAACUAUUAUGUCUCCAUGCAGAGGGUGUGUCUUAUAAGGCAAGAUUAGAUUAAUUUCUUAUUAAGAAUAUCACAGUAAAAUUAUCGCGUUUGGACAAAUUUGGUCAGCCCCAGUUAUACAGUUACCACAUACAAUACAGCAGACACUAAGUACUGAUUGGGUAACUGAUUCGUCACACAGUCUCAUUAUGUUACUGCAUAUAUUGAACUUUUUCAACUUCCUUAGAAAUACAGACGUUUAUUGCAUUUCACAUAAUCUUAAUAGUACUAUUAAUUUAAUACCCUAUACUUACCACAAAUUUUAAUGCCUUCUUAUACCGUAGCUUCUUCUUCCUUCCGCUUAAAGAGAAAGAUAUUUCAUAAUUAUAAUAUUAUUAAUUAAAGACGUAGACCUAUUUCCGAACUAACACACAUACAUUUGAUUUGUAUAAGCAUAGCAGCCUUUGAAAUAAACGUUUUGACGAUAUGUGAUGUAGAAAAGAAUAAAACAUAGUAAAAAUAUGAAACAUA